AUGAUUGGAAUUGACAAGGAAGAUAGAGACAUGCUUCGUUUUUUGUGGCUAAGGGAUACUAGGGAUCCGCAUUCAGAAGUAUUAAAGCUAAGGUUUUGUCGAUUGGUUUUUGGUCUACGACCUUCGCCAGCAAUUCUAGGAGCUACUAUCAACCAUCAUUUGAAGACACACGAGAAGCAGGAGCCAGAACCGGUUGAACACUUGAAAAAUUCUCUGUAUGUCGAUGAUUUUGUGUCCAGUGCCGAAACCGAUGAAACCGCUUUGCAAAUAUACAAGGGAACAAAGCAGUUGAUGGCCAAGGGUGGAUUCAACUUGCGAAAAUGGAGCUCGAAUUCCAGUAACGUAGUAAAGUGUAUCGAAGCGUUAGAAGUCGACAAUUGCAAAGAGUCGCUGCUCACGGAUCCCACUCAAGUCAAAGUACUACGAAUGGUGUGGGAUACGGUGGAGGACACAUUUCUGUUCAAUUUGACUGAAAUAAUCGACUACGCCAAUUCAUUACCUGUCACAAAGCGAUCGUUGUUGAAAUGGUCAUCUAAAAUCUUUGAUCUCCUUGGAUUCUUGUCUCCUUUUACGAUAAGGCUCAAGAUUCUGUUUCAAAUCAUGUGCUUUGAUAGAUUGGGAUGGGACUGUGAACUGCAUGGCAAUCGACGUGAACAGUGGAACGUUUUAUUGUCAGAGUUAAGGUUUCGAAAUGAUGUUCGUGUGCCGAGGAAGUAUUAUCUAUUCCAACCGAAAUACUAUACUACACAAGUUAAUGGAUUCAGUGGUGCAUCUGAAAGUGCAAUUGGUGCUGUUGUCUAUGUAAGAACAGUCUAUGAGAAUGGAACCAUCGACGUGAAAUUAAUCGCUUCAAAGACAAAGGUCGCACCAGUGAAAAAGCAAAUGAUUCCACGAUUAGAGCUGGUGGCAGCGACUGUACUAGAGAAAUUUACCCUCACGAGGUAUUUCUGGGCGAAUUCUUCUUCAUGGCUCAAUGGACCCAAAUUCUUGGCAAGGGACGAAGAAGAGUGGCCAAAACGUCCAGUUGGCAACCUCUCACAAAGUGAAGAAGUUCUGAGGGAAAUUGUGAAAGAGCAUCCGAAUGUCGUAAGAUCACUAGUUUCGAAUGAAAUCGAACAACGAGCCAUGCCAGAUCUUAACAAAGCAAUCGACAUUGCUCGUUAUAGCUCCACGAACAAACUUCUUCGAAUAACUGCUUAUGUAAUGAGAUUCAUCAACAUAUUAAAGAAGAUGCCACGGUGCGAGCGAACAACAAACAAACUCAUAACCUCAGAAGAACCAAGCUCAGACGAAAUAAGGAAGGUGAAGCUGCUAUGGAUAAGGUCUAUUCAACAACUAUCCUUGGAAAAGGAAAUAUUAUUCCUUCCGUCAAAGAAUGCGAAUUCUUCAAUACCUAUUUACGUUAAGCAAUUUGGGCCAUUUCUCGACGAUGAUCACGUGCUGCAGUGCCGUAGGAGACUGAAGAAUUCAUCACUGAAUCUGGAGAGCAAAAAUCCUGUAUUGCUUCCAAAGUAA